ACAAUCACUACACAUUAAUCAAUCGUCUCAUUCCCAUCUUUAUAUUAUCUACAUUUUGCCAUUUCUCUGUUCUGGGGGUACCCUGUUUUUACACAAUGGUGUCCUCUCAGAACAGAGUACUAUCCUCUGUUUUGCUCUGUUUUCACAUCCUCUGUUUCGUUUCCUCCCCGUCUACUCGAGUUCUAGCACAAUCUUCUGCUGUUUUCGCUUGUGAUGUUGCCAAGAACCCUGAAGUGGCGAACUACGCGUUCUGUGAUCCGAAACUAGACGUGAAAACAAGAGUGAGUGACUUAGUGAAGCGGCUGACAUUGCAGGAGAAAAUUGCGAACCUGGUGAAUAAUGCAGGUGGAGCUAGUAGGCUUGGAGUACCGAAAUAUGAGUGGUGGUCUGAGGCCUUGCAUGGUGUCUCCUAUGUUGGCCCGGGGACUCAUUUUUCGAGUCUGGUCCCCGGAGCUACUAGUUUCCCUCAAGUUAUCUGCACGGCAGCUUCGUUCAAUAGUUCAUUAUUUGAAGCUAUUGGAAAGGUGGUAUCAAAUGAAGCAAGAGCAAUGUACAAUGUUGGUUUAGCUGGAUUAACAUAUUGGUCACCAAACAUUAACAUUUACAGAGAUCCUCGAUGGGGAAGAGGUCACGAAACACCAGGAGAAGACCCUUUACUGACAAGUAAAUAUGGUGCAUCAUAUGUGAAAGGUUUACAAGAAAGAGAUGACGGUGACAAAGAGCGCCUUAAAGUUGGAGCUUGCUGCAAACAUUAUACAGCUUAUGAUGUUGAUAAUUGGAAAGGGAUUGACCGAUAUCAUUUCAAUGCUGUGGUGACAAAACAAGAUUUGGAUGACACUUAUCAGCCCCCAUUCAAGAGCUGUGUUAUUGAUGGGAAUGUUGCUAGUGUCAUGUGUUCCUACAACCAAGUUAAUGGCAAGGCUACUUGUGGAGAUCCAGACCUACUUGCAGGCGUGAUCCGAGGCGAAUGGAAACUUAACGGAUACAUAAGUUCUGAUUGUGAUUCAUUAGAUGUGAUGUUUAAUUCCCAACAUUACACCAAGACACCACAGGAGACUGCAGCAAUUGCUAUAAAAGCUGGUUUGGACCUCAACUGUGGGGAUUUUCUAGCAAAACAUACAGAAGAUGCAGUUAAAGAGGGGCUAGUGAAAGAAGCAGACCUUGAUAAUGCAGUCACCAAUAAUUUUGCAACAUUGGUAAGACUUGGUUUCUUUGAUGGUGAUCCAAGCAAGCAAUUAUAUGGGCAAUUAGGUCCGAAAGAUGUCUGCACCACCGCAAACCAAGAGCUGGCCCGAGAAGCUGCAAGACAGGGCACAGUUCUGCUCAAGAACAGCCCUGGAUCGCUACCACUAUCGAUCAAAGCCAUCAAGUCCUUGGCAGUAAUCGGACCCAAUGCCAAUGUCACAAAAACCAUGAUUGCAAACUAUGAAGGUACUCCAUGCAAAUAUACAACUCCGUUGCAAGGCCUAACAGCAUUAGUUCCAACAUCGUAUGCACCUGGUUGUGCCAACGUAGCAUGUGCAACAGCACAAGUUGACGCGGCAACAAAAAUAGCUUCGACAGCAGAUGCUACAGUUCUAAUAGUAGGGGAUGAUCAAUCUAUUGAAACCGAGAGUCGUGAUAGGAUUGACAUUACACUUCCAGGACAGCAGACAUUACUAAUUCAACAAGUUGCCAAGGCAUCAAAAGGACCUGUAAUUCUUGUGAUAAUGUCUGGAGGUGGAAUGGAUGUGCAAUUUGCUAAGGAUGAUCCUAAAAUUACUAGCAUAUUAUGGGUUGGUUUUCCCGGUGAAGCUGGUGGAGCUGCAAUAGCAGAUGUUAUUUUCGGUUUUUUUAAUCCAAGUGGAAGACUACCGAUGACAUGGUAUCCACAAUCAUACGUUAACAAGGUGAACAUGACAAACAUGAACAUGAGGCCUGAUCCUGCCACGGGCUAUCCAGGCAGAACUUACAGAUUCUACAUAGGGCCAACCAUAUACACAUUUGGGGACGGGCUAAGCUACUCCGAAUUCAGCCAUCACUUAGUAAAAGCACCGAAACUUGUGGCAGUUCCACUAGCUGAAGGCCAUGUGUGCAAGUCAUCUAGGUGCAAGUCCAUUGAUGCCCUGGAAGAGAGUUGCAACAAUGUUGUUUUCGACGUUGAACUGAGAGUAAAAAAUGCAGGACAAAUGAGUGGAAGCCACACGGUGUUCUUGUUUUCGAGUCCUCCUGCAGUGCACAAUGCACCACAGAAACACUUGUUGGGGUUCGAGAAGGUGCAUUUGACACCACAAGCACAAGGAGUUGUUAAGUUUAGUGUAGAUGUGUGCAAGCAUUUGAGCAUGGUGGAUGAGGGUGGUAAUCGAAAAGUGGCAUUAGGUAUGCAUGUUCUUCAUAUAGGGAAUUUGAAAAGCUCCUUGACUAUUAGGAUUUAGAAUGCAGUUGCCAAUUCUUGAUGGCUAUUGAAGUUUCUGUUUGUUUUUCAAGGAAUAAUCUAAUCAUAAAGGAUAACAAAGUUUUCCAGGAAAUUGAACUGUGUUAUUCAUGAUUU